CUUUGUUUGUUCCACAGCGCCAGGAGACGCCUCUUCUACCUUACGCUCUUUACCUUAGACGACUGUACGAUAUUUUGAACGUAAAUAUCUUCCGUUGAUCUAUUUCCAGUUGGUGCUGACCCUUGUUUUCCAAAAUGCUCUCCAAACUCUUAUUUGUUGUUCCUCUUGCUGCCCUCCUCCUCUCCCCCCUGACCUCAGCAACACUAGUCGACAAACGCUCCGUCGGCGCUCUCACCCCCCUCUCUUCAAAAACAAAAAUCUGCAACGUUCUUGAUUACGGCGCCGUGGCAGAUAAUAGCACAGACCUUGGGCCUGCUAUCAAAUCAGCGUUCUCAUCCUGCGCCAUCACGGGCGGCGCAACAAUCUACAUCCCUCCUGGAUCCUACUCCCUCAAAACUAGCGUCGUCCUAAAUAAAGGAUCGGCCUAUGCCCUCCAAAUCGACGGUCUCAUAAAUCUGACUUCAGACGGUUCCUUCUCCGGAAACGGAAUCGUAAUCGAGAACGCCUCAGACGUUGAAGUCUUCUCCUCCAACGCUCUCGGUGCCAUAAACGGACAAGGCUACAUCACGCGCCUGACAUCCUCUGGACAAAAUGCACGACUCUUCCGUUUCAUCUCCUGCACAUCAAUCUCGAUCCACGACCUCAUAUUCGUCGAUUCGCCCACUUUCCACUUAGUGUUUAACUCUGUGUCAAACAUGGAGGCGUAUCAUAUUACGAUAAGAGGACCGAAUAUGGGUGGCACGGAUGGGAUAGAUGUGGCCUGCGCAGAUAACUGUUAUUUACAUCACAUCACAGUCACGAAUCGCGACGAGUGCGUCUGCGUCAAGUCGCCGUCGCAAAACGUGCUUAUUGAAGACAUCUAUUGCAACCAGAGCGGAGGCAUGUCGAUUGGUUCGCUGACUGCAGAUGGGGUUACAAGCGAUACAGCCGCUGCGGUAUCAAAUAUCACGAUGCGAAAUAUUUAUAUUUAUCAAUGCACGCAGAUGCUUAUGAUUAAGACCUUCCCUGGUGGUACGGGAGCAACGGGAUAUGUUAAGGACUCAGUUUUUGAGAACUUUUGGGCUUAUGACACGACAUACGGGCUGGAUAUUGAUCAAUACUGGGAAUCACACAAAACCCCCAACACCGGCGCUGUCGCCCUCAGCAACUUGACAUUCAACAAUUGGACCGGCACAGUCGACAACGGCGUCUCACGGGGCCCCAUCGUAAUUCGGGGUUCGGACAUCGUGCCCCUUACCGACAUUACGCUCUCCAACUUCUCUAUGUGGACCGUCAACCAGAAGAAGAUACUCAACCAAUGCAAGAACGUGUACGGGACUGGUUGUUGCGCUGGUACUUCCACGGCGGGAGCAAGUCUCACGACGUUCACGACGACGGCCACAACGACGAGCCCGCCGGCGGGAUUUACGAGUCCGACGCGCCCGAUCUGGGGGGUGAGUGACUAUGGGACGGCGAUCCCGAUCCCGGUUUAUACGCCUGCUGUCUUUUGGAGUCCGGUGAGUAGUGGAGUGGCGAGUCCGAGCUCGACUUCUACAAAGACAGUGGUCAAGACUUCUUCGGUUUCGGCUCCAGCUUCCACGACGACGGGAGCAAGUAACUCGUCAAGCUAUGUGGUGGCGAAGAACUCAACUUCUCUAGCUGUUGCGGUAGUGACCACUACGAAGUCGACGCCGAUUGUAGGGGCGACUACGAACUCUUCAGCAAAGGUGGGGUCUUCUUCUAUUCCAGCAACAUCAAAAUUGACGUCAGUAGAAGUGGCUGGUUCCGAGACAAGCUCUGCGCCAAGCUCAACAGUAACAAACUCAGGUACGCUCAGCGAGUAUUACCAAUGCGGAGGCCAAGGCUGGACUGGAACUGGUACUUGCGAGUCUGGAACUACGUGCGUGGCACAGAACGAGUGGUAUUCGCAGUGUCUUGCCACGACAACCACCGGCGCGGAGAGCGAGUUGGACGAUGUUUCCGAGUCGCGAAUGUGAGGUGUUGUCUCUGGAUGCGGUAGCUCGGUCCACGGGCGUUCUUCUUCUUGUAUAUAUCAUUUCGGCUUCGCAUACUCGAAGAGAGAGUAGAUUUCUCAAAUUCGCCGACAUGUGAGAUUAUGAGAUAUCUCUCUGCUUCGGAGUUAUUUCUCGAUCAUUGCUGUUCACGUUACGUUCUGCUCCAAGGGACCUUCUCUCUCAUUCCUUAUUUCCAAAUUAUCAUAAUGCUC